GCCAGUUUUAUUUUCCUGUAAAUUUGAAAACACUCGCCUCUUUAAAAACCCUUUCUCCAACUUCUCCCCUUUCCCUUCAAUUUCUCUCCGAUUCAGUUUUCCACCCUCACAGAAAAGGAAAGUGAGAAGCAGCAGGUGGAAAAAUGGCUGGGAAAGGUGGAAAGGGGCUUUUGGCGGCAAAGACUACUGCAGCAAACAAGGAUAAGGACAAAGACAAGGAUAAGAAGCGGCCGAUUUCUCGCUCAUCUCGUGCUGGUAUCCAGUUCCCGGUCGGUCGAAUUCAUCGGCAUCUCAAAGCAAGAGCUUCUGCAAACGGGAGGGUUGGAGCCACGGCUGCUGUUUACUUGGCUUCAAUCCUCGAGUACCUGACUGCAGAAGUUCUGGAGCUUGCAGGCAAUGCAAGCAAAGAUCUGAAAGUGAAGAGAAUCACUCCGAGGCAUUUGCAGCUGGCCAUUAGAGGAGAUGAAGAACUUGACACACUCAUCAAGGGUACAAUUGCUGGAGGUGGUGUGAUCCCUCACAUCCACAAAUCUCUCAUCAACAAAACCACCAAAGACUAAGUUAGCUUUCUUAACUGAUUAUAUUUAUGCAGUGGCUGUGGUUGAAUUUAUGUUAGGUUCGUGUCUGUUUAGGCUUGUGGGUAUUUGUAUAUGGGUUUAACUUCGUAGGCUUGGUUUCCUGUGAACCACCGUAUGUUGGAUAGUUUUAACUCUGUCAGUGCUAUUUAUUGUUAUUAUUCAAAACUGUUUAGUAUGAUAUCAUCUCUGCAACUCGUCACUUGCCAUGGUUAGGAUCAAA